GGUCUUUGCUAAGGUGGCGUAACGUCUCUCUCCCUAGCUCUCUUUCUCUCCCCCCACUCCCACUCCUCUUCCUUGACGUCGUUUACAUGUGGAAAAAAGGGGGGCAUCACAUACACACACAUACACAUAUAUACACGUUAGGAAGAGUGGGCUUUUAUCGGUGCCGACACACGCACAAAUGGAUGAGGGGAGUAUUUCACGGCAAAUAUGGACACUAAAGGCUGACAAGCGACGGCCGUGCUCUUGCUUGGUGCUUUGAGAAGUGCCACAUCCAAGGAGCAGCAUCCCUCUCCUAUCCCAAUCUUACCGCGCACAGACGCUCGCCCUUCCUCACCCUCUACUCAUCCCCGCCACCCACAGAAUGGCUUCCCCAUAGAAGCACCCCUCUCUCUGAGCUCAUAAGCAUUCUGAUCACUUACCAUGCAGAUUGGACAUUUUUGAAGGAAGAUCACAUAGGGAAGAAGAGCAGGAGGGGGGGCUGUGGAGGGGAAAAAACAAUAACAAGAAAUCAUGCUAACCAAAAGGAUUAUAUUCUUUCAAAAGUAUUUAUAUUUUGAGCGUCAAACUGUCAUCAUACAUACAAUCGCUUAAAAAAAAACAAUACUUUUUUUUCCAAUUGUUGAUACACACUCACCGGUCUCAUGAUGAUGUGCGAGGUGAUGCCCACCAUUUCAGAGGAUGGGCGAAGUGGCUCGGGCGGGGGCUCCUCCUCUCCUGCCGGGGCUGGGGUGGGAGGCCCUGGUGGUGCGGUGGGUGGCGGCGGAGGAGGAGGAGGUGGGGGCUUUGGCGGCAGGGAGCUCCGAGGCGGAGGAGAUGAAGGAGGCAGCACGGGUAACCUGGAGUCUCUGAUGGUCAACAUGCUGACAGAGAGGGAGAGGCUGCUGGAGAACUUGAGGGAGACGCAGGAAAGCCUGGGAACGGCGCAGCUGCGCCUCAGAGAGCUCAGCCAUGAGAAGGAGUCCCUUCAGAGGCAACUCUCUAUUGCCCUGCCACAGGAGUUUGCUGUGUUGACUAAAGAGCUCAACGUUUGCCGGGAGCAGCUUCUGGAGAGGGAGGAAGAGAUUGCCGAGCUCAAGGCAGAAAGAAACAACACACGGUUGUUGCUGGAACACCUGGAGUGUCUGGUGUCUCGUCACGAACGCAGUCUGAGGAUGACGGUGGUCAAGAGGCAAGCCCAGUCUCCAGCGGGGGUGUCUAGUGAGGUGGAAGUCCUCAAGGCCCUAAAGUCUCUCUUUGAGCACCACAAGGCUCUGGAUGAGAAGGUGCGAGAGCGACUCCGAGUGGCCCUCGAGAGAGUGUCUAUGUUGGAGGAUCAACUCGCAGCGUCUUCUCAAGAGGUAAUCUCUUUAAGAGACCAAAUUAAAAGGCGUCAACAAGGGGUGGACAGCGGGAAAGAUCGACUUCCCAAUGGUCCUGCGUCUGGCCUGGAGGACAGCGAGCUGGAAAGACAGCGGGAAGGAGAAAUAGAGCGACAGAGGGCUGAACUCUCCCAGCUGAGGGAGAGGCUGGCCCUAAUGUGCCGACAGGUUGGCGAAAUAGAGGAACAGCUUGCGGCCGCCAGGAGGGAGGUGACGAAGUCGGAGGAAGCCAAUCAGAAGCUGCAACGGGAAGUGAAAGAGGCCCUUUGCCAAAGGGAGGACAUGGAAGAGAGGAUUACAACACUAGAACGCAGGUACCUCAGUGCUCAGAGGGAGGCUACUUCCCUCCAUGACAUCAAAGACAAGCUGGAAAAUGAGCUUGCCAGCAAGGAGUCACUCCAUAGGCAGAGCGAAGAGAAGAACCGACAACUUCAGGAGCGUCUGGAUGAAUCGAAGCAGAAGCUCCAGCAAACCCUGCAGAGAGCAGAGACGCUACCUGAGAUCGAAGCGCAGCUGGCACAAAGAGUUGCUGCUCUUAGCAAGGCCGAAGAACGCCACGGCAACUUUGAGGAGCGACUACGACAAAUGGAAGCCCAACUAGAAGAGAAGAACCAAGAGCUACAGAGGGCGAGGCAAAGGGAGAAAAUGAAUGAUGAACACAACAAACGACUGUCAGAUACUGUGGACAAACUUCUGUCCGAAUCCAACGAGAGACUUCAGCUGCAUCUUAAAGAGAGGAUGGCAGCACUGGAAGAAAAGAAUGCUCUCUCGGAAGAACUGUCCAAUAUGAAGAAAAUCCAGGAUGACCUUCUUGCAAACAAGGAGCAGCUCAUUGCCGAGCUGGAACGCAUCCAGCUGGAGCUAGACCAGCUCAGGGGCAGGCCUGGCUCAUCUUAUUCCAGGGCGGGCAGCGUGAGCUCACUCCCGUCCACUCUGUUUCGAAGAUCUCUUCCGGGUAGCGCCUCAGAGCUGCGGUACCCCCAGGGCGGGGGCUCCCUUCCAGCUGGCUACAGCAACUCCUCUUCUGGGGUGGUGGUCAGGCGGACUCACCGUGGCCGCUGGGGGCAAGCUAGGGACAAUUGUAACAAGUAUGGUGAGUGGGACAGUGGCCCCAUGAUGGGUCCCGGAUACGAGGGCGGUGUGGAGGGAGGAUGCUCUGAUGACGAAGAUGACAGGGAGACUCUGUUUGGGUCAGAACUGCUAUCUCCUAGCGGCCAGACAGAUGUACAAACGUUAGCCAUUAUGCUACAGGAGCAACUGGAGGCCAUCAACAAGGAGAUUAAACUCAUCCAGGAGGAGAAGGAGAGCACCGAGUUAAGGGCCGAGGAGAUCGAGAGUCGAGUCAGCAGCGUGGCCCUCGAUGCGCCCCCCAUUCCGCCUUCUUCACUGGGAGGACGAGAUAGCAUCGGUCGGGGCUAUAUGACCCCCUCUAUCACCUCCUCUACAUUGGCAUCUCCUUCACCCCCUAGUUCUGGACACUCUACCCCCCGUCUGCCUCAUUCUCCUGCCAGGGAGACUGACAGACAGAAUAGCAAAGAUGAAGAAUGCAGAGCACUAGCUUUGAUUGAUUCCAACCCUCCACCUGUCCCCCGAGCCCUACGUCUGGACCGAAUGACCCACACUCACCCAGGAGCAGGACUGGAUGACCACAGGGAAUUUCGCAGUCUGUCUGCUGAUGGGGCCACCACGGCUAGCCAGGAUUCACUCCACAAAGCCAGCAAAAAGAAAAGCAUUAAGUCAUCCAUCGGUCGUCUGUUUGGGAAAAAGGAAAAGGGGAGGAUCGGUGCACCCGGACGCGAGUCUACCUCUUUGGCCUCAACGCCCUCAGAUGACCUGGGCCCGGCUGACCCAUUGGGGUUGGCUAAACUGGGGACAGGAACAGUAGAAAAAGACCGCAGAAGCAAAAAGAAGCAUGACCUCCUCGAGGAGGCUUGUCGUCAAGGUUUGCCUUUCGCCUCAUGGGAUGGGCCAACGGUUGUUACAUGGCUGGAGUUGUGGGUCGGAAUGCCGGCAUGGUACGUGGCAGCGUGUCGUGCCAACGUGAAGAGCGGCGCCAUCAUGGCCAACCUUUCAGACACAGAGAUCCAGAGAGAGAUAGGCAUUAGCAACCCACUCCACAGGCUCAAACUCCGCCUGGCCAUUCAAGAAAUGGUUUCCCUCACCAGCCCAUCCGCACCCGCAAGCACACGCUCGUCGACCAGUAAUAUUUGGAUGACACAUGCUGAAAUGGAGUCGCUGACUGCUGCUACCAAGCCAGAGCAGAAAGAGUUCAGCUGGGACCAGAUCCUGGCUUAUGGCGACAUGAACCAUGAGUGGGUGGGAAAUGAGUGGCUGCCCAGUCUGGGUUUGCCCCAGUACCGCUCCUACUUCAUGGAGUCACUGGUAGAUGCCCGAAUGCUGGAUCACCUCACUAAGAAAGAGCUAAGGGGCCAGCUAAAGAUGGUGGACAGUUUCCACAGGGUGAGUCUUCACUAUGGCAUCAUGUGCUUGAAGCGCUUGAACUACGACAGAAAGGAGCUGGAGAGGAGGAGGGAGGAGAGUCAGCAUCAGAACCAAGAUGUGAUGGUGUGGUCCAACGAACGUGUGAUGUGUUGGGUGCAAGCUAUUGGUCUCAAAGAGUUUGCAGACAACCUGUUAGAAAGUGGAGUCCAUGGGGCCCUGCUGGCGCUCGAUGACACCUUUGACUACACCGACUUGGCUCUUCUUCUCCAGAUACCCAACCAGAAUACACAGGCACGGCAGCUUUUGGAGAAAGAGUACAAUGCUCUUAUUUCCAUGGGAACAGAGAGGAGGCCAGACGAGGACGGCACCAAAACGUUCACACGGUCACCCUCGUGGAGGAAGAUGUUCAGGGAGAAGGACCUCCGUGGUGUGACCUCCGACUCCUCUGAAACAUUGCCCGCCAACUUCCGUGCCUCGGCCAUCUCUACACCUUCUGUCACCCUGAGAAAAGUCCAGAGUGAAGUGAACUCGGGUCAAAGAGGAGAAUCAGCGUCAGUGAGAACAUAUUCCUGCUAAGACAAAAGCACAUCAGACCUCCAUCACCAUCCUAACCUGAGAGGGGGGAGGCGGGGGACCCCACAAAUGAAUCCCAGGAAGUGAUAAACAACAUUCUGGAAGAAUCAAAGACUCUUGAGUGAAUGAGGUCAAAGGAUAUUAUAAUGAAUGGAUGCCUUUUUUUAAAAAAAAAAUCAUCUCUCUUUGUCUUAAUCUCUCAAUCCAUUGUUGUGGCAUGAUGCUGUUUGAUUCUGUAGAAAGUGACCAAUUGUGACUACAUCUUCUGUUUCUGAGUGUGCAACGGGCAAUACUGACAUAUUGGAUUUCUAGUACCGAGCGGCUCCUGUUUGGAACAAUACUCACAUCCUUUCAGGUGAAUUGGAUAAUGCUUUGAUAAAUGAUAACAUCUUCUUAGUAACAUCGCAGUUCAGGACGGGGAGGUUAAAUGGAUGUUCUGAAGCCAUAAAAUACAUGCAAGAUGCACAAAUGUGAACAGGACAGAUAAUGGAAUAAUCCUGUCGAAAGCAGAAAGAGAUAAAUGAAGCAUUUGUGUUCAUAUGCAUGCCAAAAUAUACCAUUUUAGAGUGAUGUCAAUCAUCUAAUGAUGUGGACGCUUGAGUGUAAGGACUUUGUAAAAUGUGUGUGUUUUUAUUCUUUAUCAGUUUUUUUAAAUUGAUAAUUGCUAUUGUAUGUAUGUACAGUAUGUAAGCGUGUAAACUACUAUAUGUUCAUUUCAUACUUAGGUUGAAGACUGAUGUUUAUUUCAUUUUAGCUUAACAAAAAGAAAUAUGUUUUAAAUGAUGGACAGUAAAGAUAUGCUACUUGUAUGUGUACAUUUUGGGGAAAAAAUAAUUGUCUUAUGGGUUACUAAGUUCAUAUGACUGGAGAGUAGUGAUGAUAAUUGAAUAUAAUAUGAUAAUAAUAAUGAUCAUGAUUGUAAAAGCUGUAAUUAAAAAACA